GUUUCCCUCGACUUCCCGCUCAACUUCCAUCCAACUCGCUUCCAACACCUACUGAAUAUGGGGUGGUCCUUCUGGAGGAGAUGGUGCCGGUGUCGCGAAUGCGUCGCUCGGGUGGGCGAUCAUCAUGAGUGCCUUCGCCGGUGGGUUCUGUCUUCUUAUUACGUUGGCGGCAUCGGAUUGACUUUGCCCCGCGUUCAGCCUUUGGCGGUAUUCUCUUUGGGUGCAUAUGACACGGGGACGAUCAACGGAGUCAUUGCCAUGCAAGACUGGCUCAAUGUCUUUGGUGACUAUGACCCGACGGGUGUUUUGGGCACCUCUACGCACGGCCGGUUCAUCACUACGUCCAACAAGAGUUUGGUGGUGUCCAUCCUUUCCGCGGGAACGUUUUUUGGUGCCCUGUUGGCCUUCCCUAUGGGCGACAAAAUCGGACGUAAAUGGGGCAUCGUAUACAGUUGCAUCAUCUUUUCUCUUGGAGUCGGUCUGCAACUCGAUACCCACUGGGCUACUUUCGUUGUUGGUCGGGUUAUCGCCGGUGUCGGUGUCGGACUGGUAUCGUGUCUAGUGCCGAUGUACCAGAGUGAAUGCUCGCCCAAGAGCAUUCGUGGGCUCAUUGUUGGCGGCUACCAGCUUGCGAUUACCAUCGGUGCGCUGUUCGCCGCGAUUGUUCUGAAUUCGACCAAGAAUCGUCCGAAUCAUUCGUCUUGGAGGACCCCCAUCGCAGUCCAAUUCGCGUGGGCUUUCAUUCUUGGUGGCGGCAUGGCUCUUUUGCCUGAAUCUCCUCGGUUCCUUGUGCACAAGGGCCGUCUUGACGAGGCCCGCCGUGCCAUGUCCCGGCUGACGAACACACCCGCCGACUCGACCGAGGUCGACCACGAGAUCAACGAGAUCAACGCUGCCCUGCACGAGGAGAAGUCUGCUGGCAGCGGGUCUUACCUCGACUGCUUCCGCAGCAACUCGCUCAAAUACAGUCUGCGCACCUGGACCGGCAUCCUUCUCCAAGGAUGGCAGCAACUGACCGGCAUCAACUUCAUCUUCUACUACGGCACGACAUUCUUCCAGAGCGCGGGGAUCAGCAAUGCCUUCAUCAUCACCAUCAUCACUGAUGUUGUGAACACUGCAAUGACGAUCGUCGGCAUCCAGUUGAUCGACCGUGCUGGGCGACGCCGCCUUCUGCUCUGGGGUGCUGUGGGUAUGAGUUUUUGCGAGUUCAUCGUUGCGAUCGUCGGCGUUACUGCUGGCAAAACCACUGAUACAGGAGGAGCCGUCAACCUCGCAGCGCAGCGCGUCAUGAUCGCUUUCGUCUGCAUCUACAUUGCGUUCUAUGCCAUCUCCUGGGGACCUGUUGUGUGGGUCAUUACUGGUGAAAUUUCGCCCUUGAACAUCCGUGCCAAGGCAAUGUCUCUCUCUGUCGCCUCCAACUGGUUGUGGAACUUCGGCAUCGGAUACGCUACCCCGUAUCUCGUCGACACCUCCACCAAAGGCCAGCCCAACGGGGUGGCGACUGCCGCAUUGCACGUCAAAGUGUUCUUCAUCUGGGGUGCCACCUGUGCCUGCUGUGCAGUCUACACCUAUUUCUUCGUCCCCGAAACAAAGGGUCUUUCGCUGGAGCAGAUCGACAUGUUAUACGAGAACUCAAAUGCCCUGCAAUCGACCAAAUACAAUCGCGAGUUGCAAGCGGGAGAGCACAAUGAAAAGCACGAAACUUCGUCUCAUGAAGCGGCCAUGAAAAUCUAAGGAUGGAAUAACGUAUCUCACUGCGAUGUAAUUUUUACGCCUGUCAUACUGUACCAUAGUCUAUCCUCAAUAAUGGCUUUGAAACUGUAU